AUGACUGCGGCCGAGUGGAGCGUUUCCGGCUCACCGGCCAACUUCCGCGGCAGAACAAUGGGAGCGCUUAACGCACCGGCGAAAGUCGUUAAACAGUGGUUUCAGGCGUUGGUAAAAGGCGGUGGAGUGGUGGCGAAUAAUGGUAGGAAAUUGCUGUGGCGUUCCUCUGACCGGACGUGGAGAGCGAAUCGACGUGUUAAGCUUAGCAAUAAAACAGCUGAAACGGCUGAAUAUCGGUAUAAUCCGGUUUGGAUGGACUUUCUCCAUCGUGGGAUCAGCGGCCUCGUACGGACAACAACCCGACGACGACCAUUUAAAUGGCGUCUUUAAGAAUCGUAUCCCUUAAACACCAAUUUGAAGGACAAAUUAUGGGGAAAAGUUGGAAAGAUGCUGAACGAAUAGGCGAAGGUGGG